GUAAUUGCUUUCUGCAGAGAAAAAGGUUUCCAUGGUUUGGUUGCAUAUGACUCCGAUUAUGCAUUGUGCAACAUCCCGUACUAUUUCAGUGCCCAUGCCCUAAAACUGAGCCGUAAUGGGAAAAGUCUCACAACAAGCCAAUACCUAAUGCAUGAAGUUGCCAAGCAACUGGACCUGAAUCCAAAUCGCUUUCCUAUUUUUGCUGCUCUUUUAGGUAAUCAUAUUCUACCUGAUGAAGAUUUGGCUUCAUUUCAUUGGAGUUUACUUGGUCCAGAACAUCCACUAGCUUCACUUAAGGUACGUGCUCACCAGUUAGUUUUACCACCUUGUGACGUAGUGAUCAAAGCUGUAGCUGACUACGUCCGUAAUAUUCAGGACACCACUGAUUUGGAUGCCAUAGCAAAAGACGUUUUUCAGCACUCACAGUCUAGAACAGAUGACAAAGUUACUCGAUUUAAGAGAGCAGUUGCUUAUUACUCAGCAACUAAUAAACCUAUGCCAUUUCAUCCACCACAUUACAUAGCAGCCAGACCAAAUCAGUUUGGAAUGCCUGGGAUAGUGCCACCAUAUGUUCCUUCUCAGAUGCUUAACAUUCCACAGACCUCACUACAAGCAAAACCUGUGGCCCAGCAGAUGUCCAAUCAGGGUGGUGCCCAAGGUCAGGGUCCAUACCCAUACACUCUCUCUGAGCCAGCCAUCACCUUGGAAACAGGUGGAAAAAAUCUUUCUGAGCAGAACAACUACAGUAACAUUCCUCAUGAAGGAAAACAUACACCAUUGUAUGAACGAUCUUCUCCAAUAAAUCCAGCUCAGAGUGGGAGUCCUAAUCAUGUGGAUUCAACCUAUUUUCCUGCCUCUUCUACAUCAUCUUCCUCCGACAAUGAUGAAGGCAAUGGAGGUGCAGUGAAGUAA